AUGUCACGGUGUGAAGUAGAUGAAGAAGCUGCUAUUUCAAAAGUUAUUUCGAGUGUUAAUAUCUCAAGAUCCGUGGCGAUCAAAGUGUUGAAAGAGGAAAAAUGGGAUGUAGAAGCUGCUAUUAGUAGAUGUGCAGAUAUUUGUAAUAGCGACGACUCCUCCAUUUCUCCAUCCACAUCACAAGUUAAAUUAAAUAAGGAUGAUGAAGACCAUGAAGGUUCGAAGCUGGAAUGCAGGUGCGAAAGAGUUUUAGAAACACCAUUGUGCGCGUUCAUUUUACCAGAUUUUACUGAACUGGAAAAUGACUUCAGAGCAUUUUUGGAGAAGGAUUUAAUAGAAACAGCUACUCUGAAACGUUUGGAAAACUCAGGACAUUUGAACUGGUGGCGCUGGAAUGGCAGUGGCCAAAGAUUAUGGCCGCUAAGUACUACAGGAGAUGGAAAUUGUUUGUUGCAUGCUGCUUCAUUGGGCAUGUAUGGGAAACAUGAUCGACAGCUUGUUCUUAGGAAAUGUCUUUAUGAAAUGUUAACUAGUGGGAGCCGAAAACAAAUGUUGUGGCGUCGCUGGCGAUGGGCUGAGAGCAAAUCUAAUUUACAAAGUGGUUUUUUGUUGACAGAUGAACAAUGGCGUGAAGAGUGGGAUAAUGUUUUGAAAAUGGCAGAUUCUACUCCACGAACAAGCGGAAGAAAGUACGUGGUCUCAGAUACUAUACUGCGUGAUGCAGCAGGUGAAGAGCUAUCUCCUGUAUCCUUUGGAGGCAUCUAUUUGCCUUUAGAGUGUCCUUCUUCGCAGUGUUGUCGGACACCAUUGGUUUUGUGCUAUGAUUCUUCACAUUUUUCUGCUCUGGUUACUAUGCGUCACACAUCUGCUAGCCCUUUACAGCGUAAUAAAUUCAUGAGUUAUUAUGUUGUUGAUUUUUAUCGGUUUUUAUUAUAUAAUCUUCCACCGCUUGUUUCUGUUGCAGCAAUAAUUCCUAUAACCGAUAAGAAUAGAAACCUUUUGCCGUUGCAUUUUGCUGUUGAUCCUGGGUCGGAUUUUACUUGGUUAGACAAAGAAAUCGCCAGCCGGAUCGAGUUGUCAGAAGAGGAUCAACUGUCUUUGAUUUGUGAAUAUAUGGAUAUAGUGAAAAUAGAUGUACGACGUAGCUCAAUUAGGAAAUCUUUAAAUAGGGAAAGUGAGUAUAGUAGAAACGAUGAGUUUAGCAAGUCUGCAACACUUGCUUGCAUGGGAUGCAGCGAAAAUAAAAGUCGUUCUAUAAGCAUUUUUGUCCUUGAAGUUGCUCUUCUAGUGAGGAAGAGUCUAAAAUUCCGCUCGAGAAAAAAGGACCACAAGAAAUCUGCUGGAGACGUUUCUGUGGCAGAUCUGAGGUCUAACAACACAGUCGUAGCUGCUAGACUAUGUUCUGAUGCUCACGAGUAUAUGGAUUAUAUGGUUAAGAAUUAUCUUCGUUCUGCCAGAAAGCGAUUUGAAGAGUCGAAAAACGUAUGA